CCGACCCCAAAGUUUUACCAAGUCACAUUUCAACCUCACUAUGGCCAGCACGUUCCACGGGCCUGUGGAACCUCAUAUCGCUAUCCUGGCUCCACACUGUGGACCUGGUGGGACGAUGAACUUCAACGUUGGGCCUGAUCGAGCGGAUAACACUCUGCCAGCAUCUCGUCGCCAGCUCGAACCUUUCUCCAUGGUGCCAUUUGCGCCAGAUCCAGACUAUGUCGACCGACCCGAUAUUCUCGCGUGGAUACGCGACAAGUGCGCGGGAAACGGAGCGCGGGCAGCGCUGGUGGGUCUUGGCGGAGUAGGAAAAUCGCAGAUCGCGAUACAAUACGCCCAUAGAAUCCGCGAUGCGAGCCCGCAGACGUUUAUCUUCUGGGUGCAUGCUAGUACCCGCGCCCGGUUCGAGGAAGCGUAUAAAGAUAUCGCAGACCGGCUACAGCUGCCAGGCAAGGACGACCCCAAAGCGAACGUGUUACAGCUAGUUAGAAACUGGCUCCGGGAUGAGAGAAACGGGAAGUGGUUCAUGGUCUUGGACAAUGUUGACGAUGUAGAGACCUUUUUCCCAUCACGGAAACGCAAGCGGGAUGAGACAGACACCGACAGCUCUACUCCCCUGGCCGUCUACCUUCCCCAGAGCCUCAACGGAGCGAUACUAGUCACGUCACGAAGUAAAGAUGCGGCAUCCAACCUAGUGGGCGGUCACAACAAGAUUUGCGAGGUGCUCGCGAUGAGCACAGGCGAGGGUCUCCAGUUGCUGCGCAAUAAACUAUGCAAUCCGCCCCUUGAAGAGAGCGCUCUAAAACUGUUACACGAACUCAACUGUAUACCUCUUGCCAUUACACAGGCGGCUGCGUACAUGAACCGAUGUGCAAACAUGACGGUGGCACGUUAUCUAGACGAUUUUCAGAAAAAUGACAAGAAGCGAGAGUGUUUGCUGAAGUGGGAUGUAGUCGAGUUGCGUCGAGACGAGAGUGCGUCCAGCUCGAUAUUAACUACCUGGCAGAUGUCCUUCGACCAGAUUCGCUACGAACGGCCAUCGGCAGCUGACCUAUUGUCGCUCAUGAGCUUCUUCAGCCCACAGGGCAUACCGGAGUGGACAUUGCGGCGAUUCAGAAACUACACAGUGAGGGAGACUGCCACAGAAGAUGAAGAAGAUGAAGAAGAAGACCAUGAUUGCGGGUUUGGCGAGGACCUAGCUACUCUAGAAGCUUACUCCUUAGUAUCAACGACCGCAGACCACACAUGCGAGAUGCACGCUUUAGUUCAGUUCUGCACGCGAGUAUGGCUGUCAUCCUAUGGUAGUGCAGAGCGAUGGGAAGGAGAGUUUAUAGAGCUGAUGAAGAAAGAGUUGCCAUUUGGGACGUAUAAAAACUGGGAAAAGUGGCAGCAGUUGUUUCCACACAUCGAACCACUUUUCCAUAGCAAGCCAGCUACCCGAGGGAUAUUACCGUCCUGGGCAAAGGUACUGAAAAAUGCAGCGCAUUAUUUUUAUGAAAAGGGAGACUUUACUACAGCCGCACAGAUUGCAGCAAAGAUACUGGCUGUUGAGGAGAAGACUUUAGGCCCUAGUGAUAUGAGAACUCUGCUUACUAUGACACUGUUGGCGGCAGUUACUCGGGAUCAAGGUAGGCCUGAAGAGGCAGUAAAGUUCAGCCGGCAAGCACUAGAAGCGAGCACAAAGGCUCUAGGAGAGUACGACCCCCUUACGCUAGCGAAUAUGGUACUAUUGGCAUCAACGCUGUGUGAUCAAGGCAAGCACGAUGAGGCCGAAAAUAUUCAUCAAAAAGCCCUAGAAAAGUAUAAGAAAGAGCUAGGAGAAAAGCAUUACUCAACGCUGUCGGCUAAAAGGAUGCUAGCUUCAGUAAUGUAUUUUCAGAACAAGUAUAGCGAUGCGGAAAGGCUAUUUCAAGAAGUUUUAGAAGUGGGCAAGAAGGAGCUAAGAGAGAACGAGGAUUUAAUGCUGCUUACCAUGUCUGACAUAUCACGGAUGUUAUCUACUCAAGAAGCUUGGGGAGCGCCAUCCCGAUACACUUAA